UAAGACAGAACUGGUUCAUAUCAAUUUAAUGUAAAUGUAUCUUUCAUUAUCCACAGCACUUUUCGAUUUAUAUGGCAAAGAACGGAUUCUUUACCGUUGCCAUCCCUGCAUUGGACGAUUGAUUCGAAGCUGGAGAACCACACUCGCUGGAUUGGGCCCUACGCACCAACCGCAAAUUUCCUAAAUUAAUUGAUGCCUGGUACGGUACCGGCUGCGAGAAGGCACACUAUUUACGCCCGGCCCAACAAUCGCAAAUUUGCUUGCGUGUGUGCUCGUUGAGGACGAGAGAUCGAACCAUCGCCCGUUGUGGAACAUUGGUUUCUAACUGUAAAAGCACCGCGAUACGCCGAUUCCUCCCACCAACUGCUCUAUCGAAAUCUAGAUUCUUUGUCGAACUGUAAGCCAAGUCAAGCAAGCAGAGCAGUGUGGUCCGUAGUGGAUCCGCUUUCGAACCUCUAUGAUACCUAAAAAUGAACCGAAAUACCAAUCGUUCUAGAUUCAGCAUUCAUGAUGCGCAGGAUGAACCACACGGAAGGCUCGCAUUGAACAGCAACAGCGCCUCAUUCCUUGAUUACAUGCGAGAAACGCAAAGGGACCCCGGGCUACUCGAUCCGCCUGAUCUCUUGUAUCCUUCACGCUACGAAAUCGACAUAAUACCGAUGCCUACCGUGGAGGAUGCCUUUCGUCACGCUUUGCAAAAACCAAAAGUUGAGCGUGGCGAUUCGCUGAGGCAGUUUGGGUUUCCGCGGGAGGAAAAGAAACGUGCAGCAUUCAUCCCGCCGGCCAAGAAGAAACCCCCUCCCGAACACCGCUGCACUACUCAACAGAAUCGAUCCCGAACCUCCCCUUUACCCGAAGAUGAGGGAGCUACGGUUAUGCCUUCCUCGGAGUGGAUCCAGCAUGGAUCCGUAAGUAGCUGUAGCAGUAUCCCAGAUAUGGUCAACGAAUACGACAAUGCACAUCCGGCUUUGUCCACAUUAAGUGCCCCUUGCUCCUUACCCCAGACAGUCCGAACCACUAGCGCUAGGCAUCUUCACCAAAAUGACACCAUCAGCAACCACGGAAUCAUUCCCAAGGGCCCCAACCACUAUUCUCCACCGGCCAUUCCACGUCCCGAAAUUGAGGUCGCACCCGGAGUCUACAUGAUGCUUCACGGUAGCGCCGAGACAAUGCAAGCGCUGCAGGAGAAUCGACUCUCGCAGUGCAUAUGCAUGGCAUGUACGAUGUCCUUGUAUGCCGUGGAAUAUGCCACGUUUGUCCUUUGCCCAACCUGUCGCGUCGUGUCUCCCAAGGACAUUGAUUGUAGCGGUGUUGAGGCUUCGUAUUUGGGUGCAGGCAGCAGCGACCGGGGGGUCGGGCUAGGACUGACGGAAGAAGUCUAUGAACAAUGCACAAUGCAAGAAAAUGCACAGGUAACUGAGUGUCCUGCGACCAAUCAGCAUCGACAGCUCUAUAGUAGUGAAACGAAAGAGCAAGAUCGACUCUUGUAG